AUGGCGCUGCGAUCUGAUGUCAACGGCACUUCGGCGCCUACAGCCGAGUCAAACGGAGUGGCCUUAGCGGUGCGGCCCAGGCCCAACGGCCGCUCAACCUCGAACGACGCUAUUAGAAGCGACGAAGACGACCAACGACCUUUGAGCGCACCGAACCGUCGCAACGGAAGCAUAGCCCUCGAGACGAGAGACGACAUCGAACAUCACCAGCAAACGCGGCCUGUGAAGCCGCUGCUUCUUCGAUCAAAGAGCGACUACGCGCCACGGCCGAUAGAUGAGCCUGACCCAGUAGAAGACGACAUACCUGACUGGGGGGCCAGGCACGGCUUUGAGGACCAUUAUCAAUCAGAAGACAUUAUAUCUCAGCUGGCUAACAAUUGGUAUAUGUACUUUACCGAUAAACGGCAUGAAACGACAGGUAAACCGAAACCACCCCAAUACGAACUCCAAGAUUGGCGACAGAGGGACAGAUUAAAGACGGUGUCCGCGGCUCUCGCUGUAUGCUUGAACAUAGGAGUCGAACCUCCCGAUCAGCUCAAGACCAACCCAGGCGCAAAACUGGAAGCAUGGACGGAUCCGACGGUCCCCCCAAUUCAGAAAGCCCUCGAAAAUAUUGGCAAGGCACUCCAGGCACAGUAUGAAACCCUUGCGAUAAGGGCACGGUAUAAACAGUAUUUAGAUCCAUCUGUUGAGGAAACAAAGAAAUUCUGCAUCUCAUUGCGCAGAAAUGCCAAAGACGAGCGCGUUCUCCUUCAUUACAACGGACAUGGCGUCCCCAAGCCGACCGCAUCGGGCGAGAUAUGGGUUUUCAACAAAAACUACACCCAGUAUAUUCCGGUAUCGCUGUACGAUUUGCAACAUUGGCUGCAAGCCCCUACCAUCUUUGUCUGGGAUUGUUCAGAAGCCGGUAAUAUUCUGAACAAUUACCAUAGAUUUGUCGAGAAGCAUGAAGAAGAAGAAGAAGAAGCUGCAGAGAGAGACCCAAACUACACGAAAACAAAUUUUCGACCGUAUAUUCACCUGGCGGCCUGCGCUGUCAAAGAAAACCUCCCGACGAACCCUCUUCUGCCUGCUGAUCUCUUCACGGCUUGUCUUACCACCCCUAUCGAGAUGGCAUUGUGGUUCUUUGUUCUACAAAAUCCCUUGAAAACGAAAGUCAGCCCAGAACGAGCAAAAAAGCUACCUGGUCGACUUCAAGAGCGGCGAACACCGUUAGGUGAACUUAACUGGAUUUUCACCGCAAUCACAGAUAGCAUCGCAUGGACGACCUUGCCGCGUGACCUUUUCCGCAAGUUUUUCCGACAGGACCUCAUGGUAGCAGCUUUGUUCCGCAAUUUUUUGCUAGCUCAGCGUGUCAUGACUGUUUAUGGCUGCCACCCUCAGUCGUACCCUAAGCUUCCCGAUACCCAUCAGCAUCCAUUAUGGGAAACCUGGGAUCUAGCUGUAGAUAUGGCACUAUCUCAGCUCCCCGCGCUGGAAAAGAAGGAAAGCGAAGGGUAUGACUACGAGUAUCAGAAUUCGAGCUUCUUCACAGAACAGCUUACAGCUUUCGAUGUUUAUCUCACAAGGGGCGAUGCGAUGGCUCAAAAGUCGCCUGAUCAGUUACCUGUUGUGCUACAGGUUCUGCUCAGUCAACAACAUCGUGUUCGAGCUCUUAUCUUGCUUGGUCGGUUCCUUGAUCUAGGCCCAUGGUCUGUUCAGCUCGCUCUCAGUAUAGGCAUCUUUCCGUAUGUUUUGAAACUUUUACAAUCUGCUGCCGCUGAGUUGAAGCCUGUUAUGGUUUUCAUAUGGGCACGUCUUAUCGCAGUCGACCUCUCUUGUCAGCAGGAUCUCAUCAAAGAUAGCGGCUACAGCUACUUCGCACAAAUCCUCAAACCUUCCGAGGGACUGCCUGUUGUUGACAGCGAUGAACACAAGGCAAUGUGUGCGUUCAUCCUGGCCAUGCUUUGUAAAGACUACAAGAAUGGCCAGAUGGUCUGUAACCAGACAGACAUUAUGACAUACUGUUUGACCCACCUUCAGAACGAAGAGAACCCCCUUCUUCGACAAUGGGCUUGUCUUUGUAUAAGCCAGCUCUGGCAGGAUCUUCCGGAGGCAAAAUGGCGAGGCAUCAGGGAAAACGCGUACGUCAAGCUGGCUUAUCUUGUGAGAGACCCAUGCUGCGAGGUGCGAGCCGCUAUGGUUCAUGCCAUGACCACGUUUCUUGGCAUUCCUGACCUAACAGAUGAAGUGGCUCGGAUUGAGGAGUCAAUUGCAUGGACCAUACUUGACAUGGGGAAUGAUGGAAGCCCGAUGGUUCGCAAGGAAUUUGUCGUGUUCUUGUCACAUUUCGCAGUUCGCUUUGAGAGCAAGUUCUUGGUUGCAGCUUAUGAACAAUUGGUUGAGGAGAAGGAGUAUCUUAUCUUCCCUCCCCAAGAUGAUGGCCAGGAGCAUAAAAUGGGGUUGCAUUAUGCAAGGCCAGAGAACCGUAACAAAGACGGCACCAUCAAACCAAUGGCCCACGGCCUUUCUCACAAUACAGUGUAUAUGGCCCUAUGGAAGUUGGCUCUGGUACUCAGCGUGGAUCCUCACCCUGAGGUACAACGAGAAGCUACUAUCGUGGUAGAUUAUCUCCACCACGCGCUUCUCAGCUCGAAGGUUGGCGCUCAAACGCAACUUGUUAUGGCCGAGAUUCAAAAACGCGCGACAAAACUGGCAAACAAACACAUGCCCAAUACAAGCCAACGCAACAAUGCUACUGGUUCUUCCAACUCCCAACCAUUACCUUCUCCUGGACUAUUACGUCGAACUGCUAGCUUGCUUUUCCCCUCGUUGGUUACCAAUGAAGACAAACCACGACCAACAACGCCAACACUGCCUCGAUCACCGUCACUCAAACUUGUUCCGAAUCAAGUGGCUGUCCCACCAGAACAAAAUGAUCGAACCUCUUCUCAGGCGCUAUACAAUGUUGCUCAUGAACCAUAUUCAGGUGCAUACAAGCAACGGGAUUUAACGCAACCUCCUACACUCCCACUUAAGAGUAGAUUUCUGGAAUGGUCCAUUGAAUAUUUCCGUGAGCCGCAGAUGAAACCAAGCGAAGCAGAUGAACCAGGAAGCACUGAGUACAACGAGCGACUGUGGCGAAGAGCUCGAAACGAAACCAUUUUUAGAGAAACACAACCACUAAAGCAACAAGCGGGAAGCCAUAAGUGGAACAAUCAGCUUGGUAUCGUCAACAACGGAGCUCAGCCUGCAAAGAUGACAUUUCAUCAGUUUGAGGAUCACCUCGCUGUGGCAGACGAUGGCAACACGGUUUACGUGUGGGAUUGGAAGAAGCAAGGUCGGUUAAGUCGGUUCAGCAACGGGAAUCCCGAGGGUUCCAAAAUCAGCGACAUGAAGUUUAUCAACGAAGAUGACCAGGCGAUGCUGCUCACAGGAUCAUCUGAUGGCGUGAUCAGAGUAUAUCGAAACUACGAAUCGGACAGAGCCAUCGAGCUAGCUUCUUCAUGGCGUGCCUUGACACAUAUGGUGCCCAGCAAUGUCAACUCAGGUAUGGUGUUCGACUGGCAGCAGGUCACAGGGCGUGUCCUUGUUGCUGGCGAUGUUCGAGUGAUUCGAGUAUGGUAUGCGGCUUAUGAAACCUGCGUUAUGGACAUCCCAGCGCGGUCAGGAUCUUGCGUGACUUCCCUGACAUCGGAUCAAAUGACGGGCAACAUGUUUGUUGCUGGCUUCGGAGACGGCGCUGUUCGUGUCUUCGAUACGAGGAAUAGACCCCAGGAAUCGAUGGUACGCAAAUGGAAGGACGAAUCAGACCGACAAUGGAUCAAGAGCGUCCAUAUGCAGCGCGGUGGCCAGCGGGAACUCGUAAGCGCAAGCAGAAAUGGCAAAGUCAAAAUAUGGGAUAUCCGCAUGGACAAACCCUUGCAUUCGUUUCAAACGACGCGAGACACGCUCCGGACUGCGAGCACACAUGAACAUCUACCAGUCUUCGCUGUGGGCACAUCGGCUCACACUGUCAAGGUGUUCAAUCUUGACGGUCAUGAGCUCUCAAGUGUUGAGCCUUACUCAAGCUUUCUGCAACAGAAUCGUAGUUCGGCUAUCUCAGCAACCGCAUUUCACCCUCAUCGGCCGAUCCUGGGAUGCGCUGCUCGAGGUGACCAGCACAUCAAUCUGUUCACCUGCGAGAAAUCAGAAUCGGUGUCCUCAAGUUAG